AUGGCCGACAACAAAGUGACCGAGGAGCAGGCCGCAGAGCUGCUAACUAUCCUCCAUAGCGACAUAAUCCUCGACAAAAAGGUCCAGUUUGUGACCAACAUCAAGUCGGGCAUCAAGCAGCACAAUGUCCCUGAAACCUGCGUCCCCCAGCUCUUCGACGGACUUCGCGCCGCCGCCAGCUCCCAGCAUAAUGCGAUCGUCAAUGUCGGUUUCACUGCCCUCAACCACCUCCUGACCAGGCUGUCCCGCCAGGAGCCCAAGCUUCUGAACAAGGAGGCUGCUCGCACUCUACCCCUGAUCAUCGAGAAGCUGGGCGACCAGAAGGACAAGUACCGGGCCACCGCAAUGCAGGCGCUCAACACACUGUAUAGCGUUCACCCCGGGGAUGUUGAGCGCUUCAUCCGCAACUCUGCCAUGACGGGCAAGAAUCCCCGCGCAAAGGAAGCAGCCAUGCAGUGGCUGCUGCAGACACACAAGGAGCAAGGUCUCCAGUUCCGUAGCUACGUUCCCUUGCUUAUGGAUUUACUGGAAGAUGCCGAUGGCAUGGUUCGAGAUGUUGCCAAGAGCACCGUCAUUGAACUUUUCAGGAAUGCACCAAACACAGCAAAGUCUGAUCUGAAGCGACAACUGAAAAACUUCAAAGUCAGACCUGCGAUCGAGCAAGCUAUUGUUAAGGAGCUGGCCCCAACUGGCGCCCGUCCAGAGACUCCCGCCAAUGCUGCGCCCGCCGCUCGACCUGCAUUAGCCGCGAGCGUAUCAUCCAUGUCAAGCGAACGACCAAUCACUCCCGCCGUCGAUACCAGGGCCGAGAACAUUGAACCCCAAUACGUCAACACGAAUCGCGAACUCGACGAUAUCUUUAAGGGAAUGGCGUGGUUCUUUGAGGGCAGGGAGUCGGAACAGAACUGGAUCAAGAGAGAAGAGAGUAUGGUCACAUUGCGACGACUCAACGCUGGCAAUGCGACUUCCGACUUCCCCGAUACCUUUCUUGCAGGCCUCCGUGGAAUGCUUGACGGCAUAAUCAAAGCUGUAACGUCGUUGAGAACCAGUCUAUCAAAGGAGGGUUGCGGGCUGGUUCAGGAUAUUGCUGUUGCUUUUGGUCCUGCCAUGGACCCAAUGGUAGAGCUUCUCAUGCAAACGUUUGUCAAGCUGUCCGCCGGAACCAAGAAGAUCAGCUCCCAACUGGCAAACACAACUGUCGACACCAUUCUGAGCAAUGUGACCUAUAGCCAGAGGCUGAUGCAGCAUAUCUGGAUCGCCUUUCAGGACAAGAACGUGGCUCCUCGCACAUAUGCGACCGGCUGGCUAAAGACCAUGUUGAAGAAGGAAGCCAACCACAAGAGCCAUGUUGAGCACACAGGCGGAGUUGACCUUAUUGAGAAAUGUAUCAAGAAGGGACUCGGCGAUCCAAACCCUGCGGUCAGGGAGAAGACGCGGUCAGUGUUUUGGGCAUUUUGGGGCAUUUGGCCUCAGCGAGCCGAUGCAAUUAUGGAAGAUCUAGACGCAACAGCCCAAAAGCUUCUGAACAAGGACCCUAGCAAUCCUAACGCCCCUAAGAAGGAAGAGGCGCCCCCUCGACCAGGACUGGGGUUAUCCAGGAGCACUAUGACCGCCAGCAAACCAAGUCUCCGGGAAACGAUGAUGGCACAGAAGAAGGCGACACUUGCAGCCAAGGGCUUGCCUGCCCGACCAGGGUCUGCCAUGGCCCAUAUUUCGCCUGUACGGAAAGUGUCAGACCCCAAGCCACCAAGUGGCGCUUCUUCAUCGAAGCCUUCAGGGAGUAGGGCACGCCCUGAAGCUGGAACGGUCUCUGUUAAUGCUAGUUCGAUGUCAGUCGCUCCCAUGCGCCCAACAAGGAAGCGACCCGAAGUUGCUCCUCGACCUGCGACGGCUGGUCCUUAUUCGGUUCGAGAUCGUGGCGAGCACAUCGAAGCCGAGAGCCCUAGGACCCUCAAGGCUAAGCUGGCACCGAAACCUAAGGAGACGACGCCUAGAAGGACAGCCCAAAGGACCCGGCCUGGGCACGCCUCGCACGCCAGCGAGUCGAGUAUAACCUCCCCUGUUGCACGACCAAGAUCUGUAGCUUCGAAUAGAGUGAGUCCGACUCGGCUUAAGAACACGCAGUCAGCACUCUUGUCAAGCAGCCCUGCCGCGAAACUGAACGAGGACCUGACGCUCGUUGUUCCUCAAAUCCCCACCCCACAGGCAACCACCGCACAACAAGCCAACAAACUCGAAGAGGAGCUCGUAAAACCACACGUGGAAGUACUCCCUGAAACUCCCGUUGAGGUGCCUGUUCAGAUUCAGUCCCCGUCAGAUGAGACCCCCCAGCCAGUGAAGGUCUACGAAGAUCCCUUUGUCGAUAACCAACAAGAGCCGAAACCGGUAUUCACUGGCUCAGUUCUCGAGGACAAGCCUGUGAACGAGGAUGCCGCGAAUCUACCUCAUCCCAACGGUCAGGCUAAAGAAGCCGAUGAUGCCGACACACUAGACAAGGCCAACAAAAACGCACGCCUCCUGGAUAGCGGAAUCUCCAAGAUCAAACUCAAGUCGCUCGAGGUCCACGGCUUCCGUAAGUUGCAGAGCCUUCUACGCGACAGCAAGACGGUCUUCACGGACGACAAGUUCCAAGCCUUGUUGCUCGGCCUCUUCCAGUUCCUCGAGGACCCUCUGUCAACGAUGCCGUCAGACAAGGCGCAGGACGUCAAAGCACAGGUUCUCACCACCAUCAAACUCCUCCUUAAGAGAGAGCGGGACAAUUUCAAGCCCCACGUAUCCAAAUGCCUCGAGUCCCUCCUCGAGACUCGAAGCAGGUACGAGGGACGCGCCCACAUCAUCAGCGGCUUGGAGCUACUGGCCGACGAGCUCGUCGCCCUCGGUGACCCCCCCGAGAUCGUCGUCGUCCUCGGCAGGAAACUGCAAGGUUGGGACGACAGCACCCCCGAGGGCUGCCGCGCUCUCAGCACAGGCCUCCACGUUCUGAAGGCCAUGCUGGAGAAGCAGGAGGAGGUCGUUCUCUCCGACUCGGAGCUGGCGCUGCUGGUGGAGCUCACCAGUAGAUGCCUGGAGUCGACCGACUCUGGCGUCCGCAUGGACGCCGUCCAGCUCUGCGUCGCUCUGCAUGCGUCCGCGGGCGAGGGGCGAUUCUGGGAUUCCCUCAAGGACAUCAAGGAGGAUCCAAAGAGCCUGAUCACGUACUACAUUAUUAAGAGGCAGCGCGAGAAUGGCGGCGUUUCCCUUGUUUAG